UAGGCCGCAGAGGAAGGGCGGCAGUUAUGAGGAAACACUUCAGUGUGAUUGAGCGCCGUCGGCAGAAUCAAGCUUUACUUUACACAAAAACACUGCCCCAAUUGAUCACAUCAGGUAAGUUUACAUGUAUGUUUCAAAGUCUGUAGUCAUGGCGACUCAGCCACUUCCAGAGGAGGACCUGUCCUGUCCGGUGUGCUGUGACAUCUUCACGGACCCCGUGGUCCUGACGUGUAGCCACAGCUUCUGCAAGGAGUGUCUGAAGGAAUACUGGGUGGACAACAAAGACCGGCUGUGUCCCGUGUGCCGGAACGUGUCCCUGACGGACAGUCCCCCGGUCAACCUGGCCUUGCGGAACCUGUGCGUGGCCUUCAGGGAGGACAGCGAGAGGAGGACGGCGGUGCAGUCAAAGUUGUGCAGUCGUCACGGCGAGCAGCUCAAGCUCUUCUGUCUGGACGAUAAGCGUCCGGUGUGUGUGGACUGUCUGACCGCGGAACACAGGGAUCACAAGUUCUGCUCCACACAGGAGGCUGUUGAGACGUACAAGGAUAUUUUGAAGACUGCUGUGAAGCCGCUGCAUGAGAGACUGGCAACCAUGAAAAAGAACAAAGAAACUUGGGAACAAACUGGACAGCUUUGCACUAGUCAGGCUAAGUCCACAGAGGGCUUAAUCAAAGAGGAGUUCAACAAACUGCAUGUGUUUCUGCAAAUGGAAGAGACCCUUUGGAUUGAUGAACUGAGGGAGGAGAAGGACAAGAAGAAUGAGAUGAUUGAGAAUAAAAUAGAGGAAAUCGCAAAAGUCAUCACAUCCAUCUCACAAUCCAUCAACCUCAUCGAGCAGGAGAUGCCCAUCAAUGACCUGCUAUUUCUGCAGAACUUCAAAGACAUGGAAAAAAGAGCGGAGUGUACAGUUGAAGAUCCAGAGGAUUUAACAGGGGUACUGAUCGAUGUGCCAAAAUAUCUGGGCAACCUUAAAUACAAUGUUUGGAAGAAGAUGCGGGAUAUUGUUCACUUUACACCCGUAGUCCUGGAUCCAAACACGGCCCACCCCAUGCUGAAGGUGUCCGACAAGCUGGACACCCUCUCGGCCGGUGUGGCACAGCCUCUGCCCGACAACGCGGAGAGGUUCGACACCUACCUCCAGGUGCUGGGCUCCGAAGGCUACACCUCGGGGAAGCACACCUGGGACGUGGAGGUGGGCCAGAACCCGAGCUGGCUGCUGGGCGUGGUGAGAGAGUCGGUGAAGAGGAAAGGGACGAUCUCGCCCUUGGGCCCCGUCAGCGGCCUGUGGAGCGUCUGGCACCGCGACGGCAGCUACAUCGCGGUCACCACUCCGGUGACCCCUCUGCUGGUGAGGAAGAAGCCGCGCAAGGUGAGGGUCGAGCUGGACUAUGACCGAGGGGAGCUGGUGUUCAUCGACCCCUUCGCAAAGAUCACGCUGCACAAGUUCAGAUACAGAUUCACCGAGAGAGUGUUUCCCCUGCUUUCUACAGGCACCGACCCACCCCUGAGAGUUUUACCUCAGAAGAUUUCUAUUUCACUGGAGUAGAAUGAUCAAAACAAGCACUCUUGUUUUUUAAUUGGUCUGUAGGUUUUUAAUGAGUCACUGAAUAGGCAUAUUAAAUUCAGAGCAGAAAAUGGUCUGUGCAGUUAUAGGAUAGCCCUCAUGGUGUCAGUAAACUCCCAGCUAAACCAACGCUGUACUGGCAGUCAAGGGGUAAUAUUUUACACAUGACACUGUAGAAAGAUUGUUAUACAACAAUGCCGUUUUGUCUUUGUCUUUGUCUACUACUAAAAUUAUAUUCUUACCCUUAAGUAACUCCUGGAUUUGGGUACUGAUAUGUAAAAUAUAUUAGGCCUAAAUCCUAAAAUAGUUAGAGUUGCUGAUAGUUCAGCAACAUUGUUCUUAUAUAAAUGAACAGCUACCUGAAAAGAAAGUUAAGUUAUUAAAAUAAUAAAAUGAAAAUAAUCUUCAGAUGUGUGUGUCUGUCUGCCUUAAGGGCCAUUCACACCAAGAACGAUAAUGAUAACGAUGACUAUAACCAUAACGAUAAAAGCGUCCACACUGGCCAACGAUAAGAAAAGUCUCUCCUCAUGUUAAUGAAUGUGAUGGCUAGAAUAUUAUGGGUUCUGAUUGGCUGUUAGCUUUUUAUCGUUCUCAAAAUCGCUCUGAAAGUGAUCAGCAACGAUAUCGUUCUUCAUGUCGUUAUCGUUAUAGUUUAUGUGUGAACGUUGUCAUUCAUAUUAAUGAGAACAAUAUUUAUUUAUAGUUAUCGUUAUCGUUAUCGUUCUUGGUGUGAACGGCCCUUUAGUGUGUCCUAUGAGUUCCUCUAUUUCAUGUGCAGUAUGGGUUUAGGGCGGGGAAAGAGGCGCGGUGGACGCUAUGGUUGCUAUGGUUUCUGUGCUCGCGGUGAUCGCGGGCUUCUCGUUGUUGGUGGACUGUUUGUGGGCGCAGCACCCCUUGGUCCAGGCCUCAGGCAGGAAGGGCACUUUGUCCAGGCGCGAGAGGAAGAUCAUGGGCUGGAUGCUGCUGCUGAUGUUCAGGAAGGCGAAACCCACCGGCUGCACGUAGCAGCGGAAGGUGUCCGGCGUGUAGCGGUCUUCAAACGGGAAGAGCGCCACCAGUGGCAGGUAGUUGACCACGAUGAUGACUAGGAUGGAUAGCACCAUUUUGAAGGCCUUCUUCUUCAUGGGGUGCAUCUCGUCCUUGCCGGCGCCCUUGGAGCGCUUCAGCACCAGCAAGAUGGAGGCGUUGCACACCAUCAUCCAGGUGAAGGUGGCCAGCACCUCGCCGGUGAACACCUUCUCGAAGUUGGGCAGGCCUCCUCCGAAGGCCUUAGCGGCAGCGUACGCAAACGUGAGCAUAAACACCAGGAUGGUGAGCAUGAUUCUGUACUUGGGGUGCUUGAGGCGGCCGAAGGCGAUUGGGAAGACGACGGCUACAAAGCGGUCCAGACAGAUGCAGGAGAGGAAGAGGGGUCCACUGGUGUCCUUCACGCCGUAGGAGAACUUGAUCGCCAUCCAGACCUCCUUGCUCUGCCACUCGUAGAGGUUGGCGAAGAUGAUGGGCGUCAUGACCCCGAAGUAGGCGUCCAUGAAGGCCAGGGAGCCAAGGUAGAGAUCGGAGGUGGACGGCUCACGGCGGUUCUGGAUCAGGAUGACGAUCACCAUGACGUUGGCCGGGAUCCCCAGGAUGACAUUGAUCAGCUGGAUGGCCAAGUCGAAUAAAAUGCCCUCCUCCAUGCCCUCGCAUCCGUCAAACACGCUGAAUGGUUUGGCGGUGGCGUUGACCAUCAUGCCAUCUGUGAUGUUGAGCAGUGGGAGUAGAGUGGGGCUGGAGGUCUGGUUCGGUCGUAGCUGAAAGUCUGGAGAAGCUGACAUGAUCCUCAAGUGGUGGUUAGUCCUGAAAUUUGGAUGGAGAUCAAAUGACUAGGAUAAAAGACAUGACACUGAUACACUCUCAAAAUGAAUGUGUUGUUGUCCCUAUCUGGACACAGAGAUGUGUUAAAAACAACACAAGUUGUGCUAUUUUCAACACAUUUUGUGUAACAGAUAUCAAAAGAAUGUGUUGGAAACAACACACACUUUUGUCCCUAUCUGGACACAGAGAUGUGUUAAAAACAACACAAGUUGUGUUAUUUUCAACACAUAUUGGGUAACAAAUAACAAAAUCAACAUGUUGAAACAACGCAAACUGUGUUGUCCCUAUCUGGACACAGAGGUGUGUUGUUUUCAACACAUUCAUUUUACGAGUGUAUCAACGGCCAUCCUGGCUCAUAUUGUUGUACUCUGAAAGUUGUAAUUUGUUAUAUUUGGCAAAGAGUGACACAUUGUUUGGUGAUAAGUAAGUCAUACAUGAUGUAUUCACUUUCCCAUCAUUUUUUUGUUUUGUUUUACUGUAAUCCCUUUGUGUUAUUUGGUCUCUCUCUGUCAUUGCUAGGAAAAACAUGCCUGCAGCUAUUUUCUGUUGUUCAGAUCUAAGUUAGGACCCUCCUGAGAUCAAAUUCCUUUGUGUAUGGAUGCCCUGUGCAUCUACAAGAGGGAGGACGUCCUACAGUAUGGGUCACUUGUUAAAGACUCCUCCCCAACAGUACAAAUAGACUGCUGUCAUAUCACAUUCGACUUUUUUCCCCUGUAUGGUUCACACACAAUCUCAAUAGCAGUGAUAUACUCCUGCUCUGUAACAAGCCAUCUUUAGCCCUCAAGGCCAGAACACAUAUGUUGUACCAUAUAUGGGCUAUGCUACUGGCUCAAUGGUGCUCUGUUUUAAACUUAAGAACGGAAAAUAUGACUACUUUGUCUUAAUUUGUAAUAAUGAUUUAUAUUUUAACAUUUGUUUUCUCGUGCAUCUUAUAUGCUGUGAACACUCUCAUUCAACAAUACACAGGAGAUGUUAAAUAAUUUGUGCUAAUAAACCUGCAUUUAUUACUCACAGAGAG